AUGGAAGAAGACACUCCGCCUCCUCCACAAUUAAGAGCGAGAUUUCCGAUCCCGGGCAUGGAGGCGGUGGUGGCUACGGUGACUGGCUACCAAGGUACCGAGCGAUUCAACCUUAUUAGGCUGAUAGAUAAGGCCGGCGGUAAUUAUGUGGGCAGCAUGAGCCAAUCAAUUACUCAUUUGGUGUGCUGGAAGUACGAAGGAACAAAAUACGAAUUAGCAAGAGGGUUCAACACUGUGAUAGUUAAUCAUCAGUGGAUUGAGGAUUGCAUAACUGCGGGAAGACUUCUUCCAGAGGAUAAAUACACUGACAAGUGCGGAUUCGAUGUGGGGCCUCUAAAGUUAAAUGCAUUGCUGAUUUUUGGGACAAUAAGAUAUACCAAUUGGCAGAGUGAAAAAGAAAAGCCUGAUAAAUUGCAAGCAACUCAAACAUCUCAGAGGCUGGAGAAGAGAAACUCUGAUUUGCCAGAACCAUCACAUGGUGGUCGGAGGCGCAGACUGGUGAAGAAAAAUAUUAUUAAGGAGUAUUUACACGAAGCUUCUGAUUCUGAGCAGGAAACCGCAGGACAGGAAGAUUUCCAUGAGGUCUUUGAUAGUGGAGCUGUUCCUAGUCUCUCAGCUCGCAGUGAUGAAAACAAGUUGAAUUCCGGGAAUGGAUGUGAUUCUACCUCUUCAGAAUGUGGAUCUGCUUUGGCAGAACCUUCUCAUCGACGUCGGAGGCGUAGGCUGGUGAAGAAAAACAUGACAGACGAAAGUUCAAGUUUUACUUUUGAUAACAAAGAAGGAAGCCCUGUACUGCAAGAUCUUAAUGAUCUCUCCAGUAGACCAGAUGUUUCUAACAAUGCAGGUUCUGGAAAUGAAAGAAGAUUGAGUGAUACACAUGCAUAUGAUUCUAACUGUUAUGCAAAUGGACAAAACAGAAUUGAAGGUUUGAAUGAUGAAAAACAAAUCGAAGGUCAGAAUGAUGGUGACGCUGAGAACAAUUAUCAUAUCCUUGAAUUGUAUGGUGAUGGUUUACAAAUAAAGGGAGCGUCGUCUGAUCAAGUUAAUGAUAAUCGGGAAGUGCCACCUAUCACAGAGCCUGCCCAGAUGGGGUUGUCUUGUGUAAUUUGUAUGACAGAUUUUAGUGCAACUAGAGGGGUGCUGUCAUGUGGUCACAGAUUUUGUUUCUCCUGUAUCCAGACCUGGGCAGAUCAUAGGAUUUCAAGCCAGAAGACUUCUACAUGUCCGUUGUGCAUGGCUCCUUUUUCGACCAUCACAAAGGUUGAUUAUGCAGUUUCUUCGGAUCAAAAGAUAUACUCACAAACUAUUCCUGAUGAUGAUAUGCGGAUGGAAAGAGUGUUCAUCCUUCCUGGAAACAGAACUCUGAACAUUCUUACUUCACCAGGAGAGCCAGUUUGUUGCCGCUGCCAUUGCCGGGAACCAUACGACCUUCUCCAACGUUGUAACGUCUGCUGGAAUCAAUGCAUCCACACAUUCUGCCUAGACCCUCCAAUGGAUCCAUGGACGUGCUGGAAUUGCAAAGAGCUCCAGAGGAUGUAUCUCAACAUCCGCUAA